AUGGGGGCACUCAACAAGUCUUUGCCGUCCUUCCGUUGCCUCGUCUUUUCAAUCCUUCUGCUUUUCUUCCAGACUCAAUCGGCUUUUUCCGGACCCCUUUACAUCCGCGACCCUUCACCAAGAGCUGCCUUUGUAGCCCUCGUGUCUCCGAACCAGCAGGACCAAAUGGUUGCCUCGGUGGUACAGCUCGAGCAGCGAUUCAACAGGAAAUACUGCUACGACUGGGUCUUCUUCAGCUACGAAGACCUUGGGGAAGACUUCAAAGAUGCCACCUCGAAUGCCACUGCCAGCACUGUCACAUACAACCUGAUCCCCCAGCAACAUUGGUCGAUUCCCGGAUCGGUUGACGCUGGUCGCUUUGAAGCUGCUGCCCACCACAAGAGCCGCUGGUCUGCUGGUCUAUUUGCAAGGGAGAAGCGUCUCCAAGCCUAUGACUGGUUUUGGAUGGUCGAGCCUGGCGUAAGUUGGCUCCCGUCUUUCUCUAUCAUCUCCUUCCACACCCCCCUGUUACCUUGGGCUAAUGGCAGCCGGCUAUUCGUCCAGACGCAGUUCAUGUGCGACAUCAAUGUCGAUGUCUUCCGCCUCAUGAAAGAACGUGGCAUUGCGUAUGGAGUCAACAAGGCACCCCAUCAGAAUAUCGAUGAUUCGAGGCUGUUGUGGCAGAGCACCAAGUCGUUCAUCAUCAAACACCCUGAGCUGGUUCGGCCUACUGCCGACAUCACUUGGAUCCUGAGCGAUGACGGCAAUCUGAGCAAGCCCAGCGUUUCUUCCGACUACUACGUCGAUCACUCGGACGAGACGGAAGUCGAGCGCGACUUUCACUUGAAGACUAGGCCCUGCAGAGCCAGCGGACCAGAGACUGAGGGCGGUGUACGACCCAGUAUUCCCCAUGAGGCUGAUCCUGAGCAGUUCUUCCCCAAUUUGGUCGCGAGUGAUUAUUCUGCCUGGCUUCCCUCCGCCUACGAGCAGUGCGGUGCAAACACUCCCAUCGAGAUCGGUAACCUGAACCACUUCCGCGGUCUCCAGCACAGUUCCUACUUCAACCACCUUGACGACGCCGGCGAUUUCUAUUACGCCAACACUGGCAACGUCCCCGUCCACUCUUUGAGUGCUACCAUGUUCCUCCCUCGCGAGAAGUUCUGGCUCCCCGGUGAUAUCGUUUGCGAGAUGCGUGGCCUCCAGAGUUGCCCUUCCGUGACGGGUUUCAUUUCCGAUAUCGAUACCGCUGACGACUCGACCUUCCUGACUGACAUCUUUGGCAGUUCCUGGUUCCAGUCGUACGAGGGCAGCCAGCUUUCCGUCUUCCACCGCAUUUGGGCAAACUUGGCCUGGGGAAUCGCUCGACAGAACGCCAUCCCUGCUCCACAGACUGGUCACACCGCUCUCGACGAGCGCAACUUCAAGAUGUACAAGCCGGAGCGAUACCCCGUCGAUGUCAACCUGGGCUGGUACUCGCUGGAGGACACCUGGCGCUCGUGGUCCAUCGACCGCACCAAGUGCUUCUUGACAGCUUUGGGAUGGUAG